ACAUACAAGACAAUCGACUUUGCGUGCACGUUUGCUCGCUGCGCGAGGUUUUUCUCGCGAUCGAUGCAGAAAUGUCAUUUGCAUAUUACCGCUGUAAAUCCUUGAUGUGUCUCCUAAUAUAACUUUUAAAAUACAUGCCGCAAUGGACGGAAAAUCUGUUGACGUUAAAAAAAAUAAUUCUAAUGACAACGACGCAGAAAUCACAAUAAUGUUAAGAAGAAAGCUGGAAAUGAAAUCGGAAGCGCUUAUAUUGUUGAGCGAAGAACUGGAGCAAUGCAGGAUACAGCGGGAUCAAUUCAAAACAAUGGCGGAACAACUUCAGGAGAGACUUCUGCACUUGAAGAAGCAAAUGUGUGACAGAAAGGAUGCGAACAGGAGCCAUAACUUGAACGACGAUUUCAGAACCUCGGAUUUAUUGGCGGAAGCGGCGGAACAGAACAAAUGUCUCAGGCUUCAAGUGGAAAUGUUAAGGCAAAAACUAUCAGACGCUGAGGGUGAUAUUAAGGCAUUGCGUAAGAACAACAAUCAUAUAUCAAUUGAGCAGCAGGAUGCUCAACUCGCACCAACCAUGCAUCAAAGGGAAGAAAUGAUAGAACAGUUAGAAAAAUUAAAUUUGAAGUGUUCACAGUUACAAACAGAUCUACAGACAGUGUUAGAUGAGAAGCACGAAUUGGAAAUGGAAAGGGAUGCCUUCAAGUGUAAAGCACAUCGUUUGAAUCACGAACUAUCUAAAGCUCUGAGCGCUUCCAAGCCAGUUGAUUUGGAUGCUCUAAUCAAUGAGAACAGAUAUCUCCAAGAAAGAUUGCAACAGUUGCUCGAAGAGAAGGAACUCACGCGUCAAUCUUUGUCAAAGUACAAAAGCAUGCUGGAUAGUAAAAGAGCUAAGGGAGCUAUUAAGUUGGGAGUAAACUCCGCAGCUGGAACAGUGAUGACUCAUAAACAAGUCGAACAACUUCUUCAAGAAAGUUCUUAUAUACCACCUCAGAAGUCCGCCGCUGCUGUCACUGAUUUACGCUGCCUUUGUACAGCCUUGCUGGAAGCUUUGAACGACAAGACUUUGGCUUUGGCGCAUCAGAAAAAAGCCAACAAAAUAUUGGCAUUGAGGAUUUGUGAAUUGGACAGUGCGGUACAGUCGCCGACUAUGAAACUCCUGGAAGGAUACACAAGUGCUAAUGUCGAUCUAAAAUGCGACGAUGAAUUUAACAGUCUGGAACAAACGAGCAACGAUAACACGAGCAAUAUCGAAGAGAACAAUAUUAUAACACAUAAAAGUAGUAUACAAUACAACUCUUCACCCGAGAGUCAAGUUAUGCAACAAUUGCAAUCGAUACAGACGAGUCUCCCGAAGAAUCUGGGAAUGUUGGUUCAAAAAGCGUUAAACAAUUUAAAGGAUAACGAUAAACAAAAGGUAUAAAGUUUAAACUUUAUGAUUAU